AUGGCGGAUAGCCCUAAACAUCACACUGUUGCAACGGGCCGCAUGUUCAAUUUACCGGGGGAGAGUAUAAUUCAUAAUGUUCCUCUCCCUGCUGAUCAUGUGAGGGUGCAGUUGAACACUGCUAUUGAUGCGAAUUAUGCCCUCCCGAUACCCACCCCAGAUGCAGAGACAGUGGCUCAAGCAGUGGGUAGCUUUGUCGCUUGGCCUGGCCGUCUUCUUACAUUAGGACAUCCUUCAAAGUCUAAGGGGAAGAAGAGCCUAUUGGGUGAUCACUCAUUAUCAUCACCACAGAAGCAGCCCUCUGAGCCCGUUCAAGUGGUAUCAUCAAGAUUCCGAAUAUGUCUUGAGGAAUAUGCAAUUGGGGCCAGAUUAGAACAUGGCGAGGAUUUCAUGAUUCCCCUAGAGUUUGAGCCAGAGGUAUACGGUCGACCCUCGUCAGAUUAUGUCACAAAUGAAGUAUUGAAAGAGAUUCUGACGCAUGGAAUGGCCAGCACAAAUGCCUGUAACUUUUAUAUCAGAUAUCUUUUCAAGAACUUCAUAGCCCCUGGUGGCCUUGAUGACAAGUUCAAGAUUAUCAGCCCCCACACUUUUGCUGGCCACGGACCUAAUAUGAAGAAAGACUUAUCCAGAGACUUGUUAGAUAUCUUCAUUUCUAGGGCAACACCGGGGGCUCAGACUUUGUUUUUGGCGCCUUAUUGUCAAGGGUAA